GGAACUCUGAAAACUCUUCAAACAUGGCAGAAGGGAUAUGAAGUCUAGGGAACUUGAGACAAAGAAUGAGACGAAGGACCACCUCCUUAUUUUCUGUUCUGAUCCUAUUGCUGGUUUGGGGCUUUAACUUAGUAGCUUGUAGAGAUCUUUGUUAUAUAUUAUCUCUAGUGCUAUCUAUGCCUCCAAAACAAAUACUAAUUCCAGAACGUUCUACUAAAAUCAUCGAUUAAUAACAUAAAUCUAGAUGACGCACUAAGGAGUAUCACAUUACAAUUACAAAUUAAUUUAAAAUAUAUAGUGCAGUUCGUAAAGAACUCCAGUGGGAUCUAGAGUUAGGCAUCCUCUAAACCACCCAGCAUUAUUAACCCCAGGUGUCUCGAUAUAAACUACAAUCUGAUUUUGAUAAUUAGUUGUGUUAAAUAAAUAAUAAUAAUAAUUUAAUACAUUAACAUAUUUCAGAAUCAACUCUUCAAAAAUGUGAAACAAACAAAUACAAAGAACGAAUUAAUACAUAUUUACGAUGCUAAAUUGAAUAGAAAAAUUUAAUCAAACCCUCAGAUAAAAAUUAUUAGUCAGCUUUCAGAAAUCAUCGAUUUACUUAUGGUCAUACCUGCAUAAUUUUUUGACUCACAAAUCCGGGGGUGGUACCUACAUAGUUUUUGACUCAUAAAUCCAGAGGUGGUACCUACUGCCUGAAUAUAGUAGGGGUUUUCCCAAGCCCCUACCGCCGGAAUACGAAUGGUUUUCCUAAGCUCCCUACGGCCGGAAUACGAAUCUCUAUCCGUUUAUGGGAUGUUAAGACAGGAUAAUAAAAAGCCAAAUUAGAUGGUCAUUCAAAUUAAGUAAGAACAAUUUGUUACUCUCCUGAUGGUACUACAUUAGUAUCUUGUAGUGCAGAUAACUCUAUUCGUUUAUGGGAUGUUAAGACAGGAUAAUAAAAAGCCAUAUUAGAUGGCCAUUCAUCAACAGUUUAUUCAGUCAAUUUCUCCCCUGAUGGAAAUACAUUAGCUUCUGGUAGUGAUGAUAACUCUAUUCGACUUUGGGAUGUAAAAACAUCAAAGGAAAUACUUCAAUCAAAUGGUAGCUAUAAAGAUUUGCUUGCCUAGUUUAACAUACCACUUUAGAAUAGCUCCUAAUUGCCAAAUGGUAUGCAAUAUUUAUUAUUAUUUAGUUAAUCCUUAUUGUACAAUACUUAGAAUAUGCUCGAAUCCUUUGUUUCAAGCAUCAGGAACACUUAUCUUAAAAGGACAAUUCAUGAAUUAUUAAGGGAUAGAUUUAAAACCUUUGUUUAAAUCAAAAGGAAGUUGCUUUUUAGAAGACUUAAAGCAAAAUAAGUUAAAAGCAUUUCAAUUCUCAUUUAAAUCAUUUUCUUAUUACCUUUUUGAAUAAUAUGUGUUUUUUGUUUCAAUUCUUGAUCUUAAUUUCUUAAGAUAGAUAAUUACAUAUUUUUAAAUAGUAUUCCAUUUCUAGCAAGUGAUUAAACCAUUUUAUUUAUAUGCUAUUUAAAUAUUUGGUAAAUAUUGA